AUGUCAUCCAAGAAGCAGACUGAUGUGAGUGGUGGGGACAGGCAGCCCGAAGAGACUCCCACAUUU